AUGACAAUUUUAAAAACAAUAAAUAAUCUAAAUAUAUUUAAUUCUAAAAUUAAAAUUAAUAUAAAUCAAAAUGAAAUCGCUUAUGAAUUAGAGCAUAAAUCAAUCUAUACUAAGAAUUCAUUCUCAAAAGCUGGUGAUAUUAUGGAUUUUUAUUCAUGGAGAGAUAAAAACUAUCCAUAUAUUACAAGAUAA